UGACUACUACGAUGCUGACGCGUUCAUGUGUUGCGACGAGGGCAUGAUCUUCUCCGGUCUCCUCGUCGGCCUCAACAUCAUCGACUGCAACUUCUGCCUCAAGGAGGAGGACCUCGACUACCAGCUUGGAGUCAUCGACUUCAGCCUCUAUCUGAAGGACAGCAUUGUGCAGCAGGGGCCCCUGAAGGCGGGGGGCGCGCUGUGCGAGGCCGGAGAUCAGACACCAGGUGGCGCCGCCGCGGUGGCGGAUCCGGCGAGCAUGACUGCCGUGCUCGACCAGAAGAACUACAUUGAGGAGCUGAAUCGACACCUCAACCUGAAGUCGACGUUCUUGUGUUUUCUUGACGACGUGCAGGAGUGCCAGGGGUCGCUGCAGCAUAAGACAGAACUUGUCGCGAAGCUGGAACACAAGACUAACCAAAUGGCAGCAACGAUCACCAACAUGGAGCAAAGGUGGCAGCACUACAAGAUCUUGUGA